ACGUAGGAGCGCAGGGGAAAGUCACGGUUUAAUAUUUUUUAUUCCAUCACACCACUUGGUGGACCAGGGGAUUCCUACUGAAUCCUAUUGCAAUGUGGGAGGAGGGGCGGAAGUGGAGGAAGUGGUUCCACAGCCGAUUGGAUAAUGUUUCUUCAGAUUCAGUUGUGGAAACGAAGCUGAACGCGACCGCGCAGUGAUUUCAGAGAGAGUGGAGAGUGUCGGAGGUUUCAGAGCGCGGAAGGAAGCAAGGGUUAAUUUGACGGAAGACUAAGGUUUUGGGAAGCGGCGUUUUAAACUGCUUGUUAUGGACUAAACUUGGAGUUCACCGGUGUGAAAGCGUGCAUUAUGCAUUCAGACUGCAGGCUGCUAUGGGCAGAGCGGUAAUGGUGGGCAGGGGACCGACAGGGACCAGGCUUUUCUUCUUGUCGACUGUCAUCAUCCUCACCGCCAGAAGCAGUCGAGCGCAGCAAGGCGAUGGCUGUGGCCUGAGUGUUUUGGGCCCUUGCAGUGGGAGCCUGUCGUCUCUGGGUUACCCUGGUACGUACCCUAACCACACGGUGUGUGAGUGGGAGAUCAGCGUGCCACAAGGCCGGAGGCUCCACUUCCGCUUCGCUGACUUGGACAUAGAGGAAAACAACUGUCAGGUCAACUACCUCAGGAUCUACGAUGGUAUAGGACCUCAUAGGACCCAGAUAGUGAAGUUCUGUGGUCUGGGCCUGAAUGUUCCUGAUCUCAUCCUGUCCAGUGGGAACCAGGUCACCGUCCAGUUCAUGAGUGGGACCCACCAAAGUGGGCGGGGCUUCUCCCUGGCCUACUCCACCACAGAACACGCAGAUCUGAUCACCUGUCUAGACAAAGGAAUCCACUUCACUGAGGCAGAGUUCACUAGAUACUGUCCAGCAGGAUGCCUGACGUCUGUUGGGGAGAUCUCUGGGACCAUACCCCACGGCUACAGAGAUUCGUCUCCAGUGUGUCUAGCAGCCAUCCAUGCAGGUGUGGUGUCUAACUCUGUGGGCGGUCAGAUCAGUGUGGUCAACAGUAAGGGCAUCCCUCACUACGAUGGCUCGCUGGCUAACAACGUCUCCUCCACUGUUGGUCCCUUGUCCAACAGCCUCUUCACUUUCAAGACCAGUGGUUGCUAUGGGACACUAGGUCUAGAAUCGGGAAUUGUUAGGGACUCCCAGCUCUUUGCUUCCUCGGUGUGGGAAUGGAGUGACGUGAUUGGCAAACCCAGUGAGUGGGGCCCAACCGGGGCCCGCCUUAAUGGGGCGGGGCUUCCCUGGGCGUCGGCUCACAGCAACCAGCAGCAGUGGCUACAGGUGGAUCUGAAGAAGGAGAAGAGGAUCACAGGCAUCACCACUACAGGCUCCUCCCUCCUGGAGUACCAGUUCUACGUGUCAGCCUAUCGGGUCCUCUACAGCAAUGACGGACAGCACUGGAACAUCUAUCGGGAGGCAGAUGCUACCCAGGACAAGAUUUUUAAAGGGAACACCAAUUACCUCCAGGAGGUGCGCAAUAACUUCAUCCCACCAAUCGAGGCGCGGUAUGUGAGGAUAAGCCCCACCCAGUGGCACCAGCGAAUUGCCCUCAAGUUUGAGCUGCUCGGAUGCCAGUUCCAUCAAGCGAGGCCCCGGAUAUACCACCCCGCUCGGCCUCCCCCUCCCUCAGUGGCCACAGACACCCCCCCAAUGUACGGCCAGACCACCCACACCCCUGACAUCAGAAACACCACCAUGCCUCCAUGCACCAUCAACGACAUGGCGUUUGCAACGAUGUUGGUGCCGGUGUUGGUCAUGAUUCUGACCACCCUCAUCUUGACCACGGUCUGUGCCUGGCACUGGAAGAACAGGAAGAAUAGUUCAGAGGGAGCUUAUGACCUGUCUCACUGGGACCGUACAGGUAAACACAACACUCUCAGUAUGUGUGUGUGUGUGUGUUUAGAUGUUUAUUGCGUGUGUCUCUGUCCAGACUGGUGGAAGAGUAUGAAGCAGUUCCUGCCAUCCAAGAUGGCGGAGGGGGAGGAGUCAGUCCGCUACAGCAGCAGUGAGGUGGGCCGGCUCAGAGUGAGAGGGAACACCCCCAGACUACGGGCCGAACCCGCAGAGUAUGCCCAGCCCCUGGUCAGCGGUGUCAUGACAUCACUAGGUCAGAGGUCAACUUUCAAGCCAGAGGAAGGUUCUGACCCCGGCUACACGGACCCUAACCUCUACGACGCUCCCAUGGCAACAGACAUCUACCAUGCCUACGCUCAACCCCUGCCCGCCUCCGGUGCAGAGUAUGCCACGCCCAUUAUGAUUGACAUUGCAAGCCACCUAUCAGGGAGCUCCACACUGAACCAGCCAACCACAGUCUCCAGCUUCAUGGGCCGUGGCCCCGCCUCCCUUCUCACGAGAACAGACAGCGGGCAAUCGGGGAGGUCAAUGUAUGACACGCCCAAGAAUACAGGACAGGCCACACCCACUAAGGAUUUAGCCUAUCAGGUGCCUCAGAAGCCAGUGGAGUAGAGCUGAAGAGGUGGAGUGAGUACUUUGAUUGACAAGGCCAUAACCAUAAACCACCCCCCCCCAUUGACAGAGGGGGAUGAUGGAGAGAGGGAGGGUGAAUUAAACUGUAAAGAACAUUACCUUCAAGUUAGAUGUCUGUAUGUGAGUGUGUCUGCAGAGGAGUCUAUAUGUGAGUGUCUACCUGUACGUGCAUGGCCGGAGAGUGCUAGCAUAGUACCAUACCAGUCCUAUCACUGAAACCACAAAGAUGAAUGUCUACAUGAGAGCGAGAGAACAGAAAGAGAGAAGAAACAAGGGGAGGUGGAGAGCUCACUACUGUUUCAGCCAGGCUAAGUCCCCUCUGUGUCUCUUAAUUUGAUGUUUUGUCAAACUGAGUAUAUAUUAGUUCCUUUCGUGUCAAUCUAAAAGUGAAACAAUUCUCCAAACAAUAGGUUCUCUGAAGUGGUUGCCUUCUAUAGAAAGUCAAUGUUUCUACCACUGAAGUGUUCUCUGCAUAAAGGCCAAAGGGUACGCUUUGAUUGGAGGCUUGUACUAUUUCAGCUUUCAGUUCACAAAAUCAGACCUGUCAAAAUGUUUGAGCUUAACCAAUCACCUUAAACAAAAAGCUAGAGUGAAACCCACACCAAAAACCUGUUGAAGUUUCUGAAAAAUUAUUAAUUUUUAUUUUAUAAUUCCUACUGAAAAACACUAUGGAAAGCGGUGACGAAUCAGCUUCAAAUAAUUAUGGUUACACUGUUGUCCUGGACACCUUGCCUCACGUGACAGUCAAAAAGGACCUCUGCAUAACGUUUAGGUGCCAUUGGGUUCACACACUGCCUCACUAGGUCCAGUUACUUGAAGAGGAAGAAUCUGCCCUCAUGGUGAUCCUAGAGAGGAGCUGUCCAACAGAAGGGCUGUCUCUAAAAUAUGUCAGUGAGACUAAACAUUUCCUUAUGUUUUGUUAUUAUGCAUCAUUUAUCAUGGCCACCGUCUGUAAAUUCCCAGAGAAUCCAGGGGUUGUAGGACUUCUGUGUGCUAGAGGAAGAUGAUCCACUCCAGCCAAACUCACACUGGAGUAGUCUAGGUUACCGCAUCAGGUGUGUGUAUGGUACGGAUCCUGACAAAGACGGUACGGCGAGAGAACAUUAUCACUAGUGACCAAUCAGCAUGCAGAAGUUAAUAUUUACAGAAACGCCUCAUUCUAGUUUGUGUCUGAAUUGCUGUCUCUAUUUCUUAGAGAUUGACUGUCUCUACUGUAUGACUGUCUCAUCAAUGUAUGCAAUGGCUUUCAUGAGUGUCUUUGUAUGGCUGUCCUAAAGAGAGUAUCUGUGUGUGGCUAGCUAUGUCUGUACGACUGUCCUUACGAGUGUACUGCAUCUAUGUUUGAUUAGUCGUGUUUGUAGUCAGUGGAGCACAUUUAGUCCGGUCAAUCCCUGUCCUGAACACCAAAUCUGAACCUGGACCAGUUGAACUUUAGGUUAAAGGUUAGGGCUUCAGUAGGUAAGGCUGGCCGUAGGUCAGUGUGUUCCCUGGUCACUGUGUGUUUCUGUCUUCACAGAUUGUACAAGGAGAAAUAAAGCCUUUUUAAAAAGUA